GAAGCUGCGGUUGUUUCCGGCCAGCUCAGCGCGUCGCUCCUGUUGUGUUGUCACUUUCCAGGCUGUCAAACAGACGCUGGUUCCAGGUAGCUGUGAGGUUUUUCAGGCCGUGGGGACCCAGCGGAACAUCGAGGAGAGAUGGUGCUGCUGACGAUGAUCGCUCGGCUGGCUGACGGGCUGCCGCUGGCCGCUUCCAUGCAGGAGGACGAACAGGGAAGUGAAAAGUUGGGUCGAGAUCUCCAACAGUACCAGACUCAAGCCAAGCAGCUGUUCAGGAAGCUCAACGAGCAGAGUCCCACCCGCUGCACUUUAGAAGCUGGCUCUGUGGCUUUCCAUUACUUCAUAGAGCAAGGAGUUUGCUACCUCGUGCUGUGUGAAGCCAGCUUUCCUAAGAAGCUAGCCUUUGCGUAUCUAGAGGACCUGCAGGCAGAGUUUCAUGAGCAGCAUGGGAAGAAAGUCAUCACAGUAUCCCGUCCAUACUCUUUUAUUGAGUUUGACACCUACAUUCAAAAAACCAAGAAGUUGUACAUCGACAGCCGAGCACGGAGGAAUCUGGGCAGCAUCAACACAGAGCUGCAGGAUGUGCAGAGGAUCAUGGUGGCCAACAUCGAGGAGGUUCUGCAGAGGGGAGAGGCUCUGUCUGCGCUCGACUCCAAGGCCAGCAACUUGUCCAGCCUGUCAAAAAAGUACAGGAGCGACGCCAAGUAUCUGAACACCCGGUCCACUUACGCCAAGCUGGCAGCAGGGGGCGUCUUUUUCAUCAUGCUCAUUGUCUACGUGCGCUUCUGGUGGCUCUGAGGAGAAGAAGAGGGGGGAAAAAACCCACCAGGAUCCGUGCUCUCAGCAGACUUUACAGACGGACAUCCAGCCGCUCGUUUUGUUCUCUGUGAUCCCAAUAGAAACGAUGUCAUAAUAACAUUUAUUCAGUAAUGCUUCACAUAGCUGCCCCGGAUGGUUGAGGAAAAAUGUAAAUGUGUGUGGUGUUUUCUUUCUUUCUUUUUUUUUUGGUUUUAUUUUGUUUCAAGUGAUUUAUGUGUAGAGGAAGAAAUUUGCUGUUUUGUUUUCCCCAAGGAAUGACUGAUUUACUCUUCUGUAUGUUUAAUGAUGCAGAUAAAGAGGCGACUCACCUUUAUUUUUCAUCCUGCUCAUAUCACCUUAUAUUAACAUUAACGUGAGGAUCACAGCAGUCGUGGUGCCACAGCUUGCAAAAUAACAAUCCGAAUAUGUGGAAAAUAUUUUUAUACAUUAAUUUAUCAGCUACAAAAAGCACUGCAGUAAUUUAAGAAGAAAACAUUUAAAUAAGAUUAAAAUGCAUUCAUAAGCCCAACAAACAUUUACCUGCCUGRUAAGGUUGUUUUCACCUCUCAUUAGACACUAGAAGUAAAUGCAUCUGUUUUUGAAAGCUCUAAAAAUUGCAACUUGCUCAGAGCAAAGAUAUAAAUAGCUGCAUGUGUUCAGAGUGAGUCAGAAAACUAAUGUUCACARUUUCUGUUUGUCUUAUAGUCAACUAAGGAGCAGAUUUAAUGACAUUAAGUUMUAUUAGUUCUCUCAUAGUUCAGUCUUUUUUUGAAGUUCUGAUGAAGAAAGUUUUUGUUUUAAAGUUAUGAGCUGGAUUAUUUCCAAGUUUAUGUUUACUGUAAAUGAAAUCAAUUCCACUGCUUCUCGCAUUGGUGGCUGUAURAAUGAUUAAAUAACUUUUAUGCUGAUUUUA